AACUCAAGCUCGAGCCAUUUGCUAAAGCGAGAGUAUAUAAACAAUUCCAUAUUACUUACCAUUCACCUCUUUUAAGACAUUUUUGUGAAUUCAUUAAAAUCAUUUUAGUAUGGUGAUUACUAACACUGGUUUAAGUGUUCGUGUGCUCAGUUUACUGCUUCUCAUUGCUGAAGGAAUACGGCUAUGUCUAGCAGACUCAGCAAAUAUAUGGAGGAGCAAAGCUGAGAUUGAAGCUGCUGAAGCAGCCAAAGAUGUUGUAAAAUAUCGUCUGUCUGCUUAUUGGUCUUUAGUGACAAAACCAGAAGACGAAAGCAUGGACGGAUUGAGCGGUCGUUAUAUUGUUAUUGAUGGAGGAAAGCUCUUUCUGGCUCCAGUAUCAGAAAGCUCCGAAAAGCUUGUUUUCCAGUUCAAUCAGCAUCAGAAAGGUUUCUUAAGACUCAAAAACGGAGAAAAGGCAUACAUUGCAGAUAAAUAUGCACCUUUUGUAUUUGAUAACGACGAAUGGUCAAACCACUUUGCAAUUAAUGUACAGAAAGAGAAUCCCGUUUCAUCAUAUACUCCUUUUGUUUUGAAUUACCUAGGCUCACCAUGGUUCUCUACCUGCAAACAGGCGCCCGGUAUUUGGCAAGUAUUUGCUGGUAAAAUGGAUAAUGCCAAAUUCCCAGACUGCCAUGCAAUUCGGUUAAUCAUGAAGCGAGAGGACACAUGGCUCCGAUACUAUUUCAGUAGCCAUAAGAACCCUAUUGACUGGAAACUUGUUGAAGGGUACCAUGUUUGGCUUGACGGGAAGGGAGGCACCGGAAAAGAAAGUGCAAAACAACCUGGACUAGGGGCAGCACUGUGCUGUUAAAUACGUUAGUACACGGUUAAUUGUUAGUUUAUAACGAUAAGAAGUAAAGGUUUAAGUCAAUGCGCACUAUAAAACCAAUAACCAGACAACAGAUAAUUUAUACAAACGAGCAGAAAGACUGAUAGUAGCAAGAUACACGACAAAAUUGAAUAUUUUUCUCAUCUAUACAAUGUACAGUGAGUUGCAAAAAAUAACGAAUUAA